UGGUGGGUGACGGCAACUCAGUCGGGACGUGACCGCGCGUGUGCGUGUGUGAGUGAGUGGUUGCACACCCAGUGUUCCUGUCAGGCUUUCGAUGGAUUAACCUCUUAUUUGCACAUGUGGGUGAGACAGAGGCGGAAGCUGGCGGGCUGUGAUGCACCACGCGCCGCCCCCAGAGCCACCCCCGCCCCCGCCUCUCUGCCGUGAGCACCGCCGACAUGAGCCGCCAUGGUGAGGAGUGAGCGGCUGCUGUGGCUGCCCGUCCUUCUGCUCCUAGUCGACUCCUGCACCGGAGGAAACACUCUGACCAGGAUCGUACAAACGCGGUACGGCAAGCUCCAAGGAUUCGUGAGGACCAUGAACCCUGCUCGAAGCCUGAAGCCAAUAGAGGUGUUCCUGGGGGUGCCGUACGCGACACCGCCCGUAGGCUCCAACAGGUUCGCCCCUACCCGCGCCGCGAUGCCCUGGGACGGCGUUCGACUCUCCACGACGCCCGGACCGGCCUGCCCCCAGCGUCUCCCCGACCUCACUAAUGAGACGGCAGCCCUGGAGAGGAUGCCCCGCGGUCGUUUGGACUCCCUGAAGAGACUGAUACCCCUCCUGGGGAACCAGAGUGAGGAUUGCCUCUACCUCAAUAUAUUUGCCCCUAUACAAGCUGUACCGCGAGACAAGACCGUCCGCUACCCCGUGCUGAUCUUCGUGCAUGGCGAGUCCUUCGACUGGAACUCUGCAACUCCCUACGACGGCAGCGUCCUCACGAGCUAUUCUGACCUGGUGGUGGUCACCAUCAACUAUCGCUUGGGGAUUCUGGGGUUUCUGAACGCGAACGUGGCGCCCAACGCGAGUCCUCGGGUGGCGAACUAUGGACUGAUGGACCAGGUAGCAGCUCUACAUUGGGUGCAACAGAACAUCGCACUCUUCGGCGGGGACCCCAGGAACGUGACUCUGGCCGGCCACAGCACCGGCGCCGCCUGCAUCAACUUCCUCAUCAUCUCUCCCACAGUCAUGCCAGGGCUGUUCCACCGAGCGAUCCUGCUGUCAGGGUCGGCGUUGAGCAGUUGGGCUCUGGUGGAAGAUCCUGUCUACUUCGCCGUACGGCUGGCUCGCCAAGUGAACUGCUCCGUGCCCGAGGAUCUGCUCAGGGACAACGAAGACAUCGUGGACUGCCUCAGAGACGUUCCUCUCCAGGAGCUACUUAAGGCCGACACGAGUGCCCCCUCCUACCUGAGCGCCUUCGGGCCGAGCGUGGACGGCGUCGUCAUCCGGACCGACUUCAGGGAAGAGCUGCUCAUCAACUACCUCCCGGACUUCCCAGGGCUGACGGGUACCUCAGUCUUCAACUAUAAGCGCGGUGAGAACCUCUUCGGGAGGAACAAGUACGAUUUGAUGUUAGGGGUGGUCACAGGAGAGUCACUUGCUAGAUUCCCUUCCGCCGACAUCAAAUCCGGGUUUGGAAGUGAGAGGAGAGACAAGAUCCUCAGGACUUAUGUGCGGAACGCGUACACCUACCAUCUCUCCGAGAUUCUCUCCACGGUGGUGAAUGAGUACACGGACUGGGAACGCACUGUAGUUCACCCCAUCAACACUAGGGACGCCACUGUAGCAGCACUGUCGGAUGCUCAGUACGUCGCCCCCCUGGUGCUCACUGGAGACCUCCUCAGUAAGCCUCCUGCUUCAGUCGGGGAGCACCACUCGACCACGAGGUCCUUCUUCUACGUCUUCGACUACCAGACCAAGGAUGGGGACUACCCUCAGAAGCUGGGCACGGCGCAUGGUGAAGAGUUGCCCUACUUCUUCGGCGCGCCGCUGGUGGACGGCUUCUCUCACUUCCCCAAGAACUACACCAAGACCGAGGUGGCACUGUCCGAGUCCGUCAUCAUCUACCUGAGCAACUUCGUCCGGAGCGGGAGCCCAAACGCUUUCCAUAAACAGGAAGUGACGCUUGCCGUCUCCAAAGAGAAGAACCGGUUUCGCACGAUCACGUGGGAUGAGUACGAUCCUGUCCAUCAAAAGUACUUGGAGAUAAGUAUGAAGCCCAGAGUCAAGAACCACUACCGAGCCCACCAACUAUCCGUGUGGUUGAGGCUUGUUCCCGAGCUCCACAGGGCUGGCAUGGAGGACGUGGUGGCCCGUCACAACCUCUUCCGGGACCACGAGGAUCCGAGGUUGUACGACGGCGUGGUACGGCCCGACCCUCUGAGCCGCCUGCAGGACAUCAGGAGCCGCGGCAACCUGACGGUGGCGGAGGUCGUUCUCCCGAUGACCACCGCUGUGCCGAUAGCGACCACCUGUGUCAGCGUGGUGGUCCGUCACGACCCCGCCGUACCCGGGAACUCCUCGGAGACGGUGACCCACAUGGAGGCUGCCGGGUACGCGGCGUACUCCACCGCCUUCAACGUGACCAUCGCCAUCGGCUGCUCUCUCCUCAUCCUCAACGUCCUCAUCUUCGCCGGCGUCUACUAUCAGCGUGACAGGACGAAACUAGAAAUAAAAUCCUUGCAGAAGCAGAGGAGCUACGGCAACUUCGACUCACUGGGGAAGUUCCAUCACGCUUCCUCUGCCAGUGUCAUCGUUGACAUCGAAAGGGACGCUUCGACCAUCAUAUUCGCCGACGGGACGCUCCCCAGGACUAGUUCCCCGGGGAGCAAAUCGCUCGCCAGGUUGCAUCUGGUGAAACCCUCCGUGGCCUCCAACGUCCACCCUAACCUCUCUUCCACUCUGCCCCGUAACACGACCUUCAAGAAUAGCAUGGAUCUGGUGGGCCCUCCGAACGGCUCCGUUCCACUCCCGAAAACUCCUCCACCCAAGGGUAGAAGUAUCCCGGAGACCUCGUCCUCCGUGAACCCUCCCAGCAGCUUGGCCAGCAACACCGUCAAUACCAUCAAGGUACCGGCGGCUGCUAUCAGUGAAAUGAUCGGAUAGUGGUGGCAGACAGUUGCCGACCUCCCAUAUAUCUUGUAAAUAACUCAACUAUUUUGUUACAACUGUGUUUUAUUUAUACACAUUUUAUAUAAUACUCGUCAAUUUACAUACUCAUAUGUAACAAGUACCUUGACUAUGUAGUUCUUCUUAUGGUUAACAUAGUGAAGCUAUUAUUACAAUUGUACGGUGCUCAUGUCACGUAUUCCGUUUGUUAUCGACAUUGUAAAGUAAUCUUAUUUCAUUUGAACUAAAUCAAACUCGUUGAAUAAAUACAAGUAAAAAACACACAAACAGAUACUCAAUAAAACUCCACAUUUAAUAUUCUAUUUUGUUGUAUGUGGUACUUGUUAAUUGUUAUUAUUCAUAUAGGUGAUUUCUUUUAAAAUAAUAUAACAUCACUAUGAAUUUCAUGUCUAUUAAUUUUUAACGUAACUGGUUAGCAACUUGACUGCUGUAAAUAAACUCUACAACUAUAAAAUAUUUUCUUUGUUUUUUUUUCUAAAAAUGUCUGUUCUAUAUUUAUUUUAUGAACCGUAAUUGGCUAAGAGCUAUAUUCCCUGUAAAAAGACCAGCAUAUUAUAUUUUGGUCUAUUCUUGAGGAUGAUGCUAGUCCUUGUUUACAAAAAGACUGAUGUGAGAAAAUGAAAAAAAGGAAUUUUGCAAAAUGCCCUAUAAUACAUACUUGUUCACAAUUAAGGACUACUUAUUGAGACAUUGUUGCCCAUUGCAUUGAACAUAUCCUUGUUUUGUGGUAGUGGUACUUCAGUAUUUCAUAAACAUAAAUAACAAAUAACCUAAAUUAUAAGGUCACAGAUUUGUAUUACUUUGAAGAAAACUAUACAGAGUCUAAAAUGUUUCGCACGGAUUUGAUCAUUCCAGAUAGAUUACAGGUAAAUUAAUAAAACUUGGUACAUCAUUACUGCACCUAUAAAUGUUCUUUUUGAAAUAACUACCAUAUAUUUGUUUUGUCAGGGGGAUGGCCCGCAAUGAGUCAGAAGGAAAUCUUAAACGAAAUCUUUUGGGUAAAUACAUCAAAUUAAAAGUCUUUGGUAGUAGAGUAUAAUGCCAUAAUUCCAACCUCAAAGGGUUCACUCUUUAAAAAGUUAUGCUAGUUUAAAGUUUGAAACAUUUAAAAUGUAGGUCCUGUUCUAGAUGGUAUAUCAUUAUUAUUUAUUAUUUUGGCACAAGUUGUGAAAGUUAAACUUAGUAAAUGAAUAUUGGACUUAU